AUGCAGACCUAUUCACUCUCCACCGCCGCACCGCCAUCUGGCCCCAAGAACUACGUCUUUGUCGAUGAGCACAAUCGACAUAAGCGCCUCAAGGUUAUGAGAGCCUGUGAAAAUUGUCGCCGCCGGAAAAUCAAAUGCGACUCCGCAACAACAAACACCUGGCCGUGCGCUGCAUGUGUAAGACUGAAAUUACAUUGUGUACCACCAGCAGGAGGCUUGGAAGGCGAUGAUGGUACUGAUCCUGGAUCGCUGUCGUUAGAUACAAUCGAAGCGACUUCUUUUACACAAGACUCCAUCGCCUCUGUAUCUCAAUCCCAACCUUACCAACACAACCCCGCAUUUCAGCUGAAUCAAGGCGAUGCCUUUCAGUACGAUGCUUACGCUCCAAACUACCAAAAAUCUCCCUUCCAGUUACUCGACAAACCGUAUGGUAACUACUAUCCAAGCUCACAACAGUUCCCCGGUGCUUUGAAUGAUCCCUACAACCAGGGCCCGCAAUUGUAUCAACCCGCCCAGCAUGUACCGCCUGUCCGGCAGGAGAGAGCUGGCUCCUCUACGUCCGACCCAGUUACGGCUGAAGACUUGAUGGAACAUCUAGGUUCUCUGAAGAUUGGCGAAAAUGGAAUUGCCCCAUACGUCCGGCAAGAAAAGUCCGCUGGACAAGAUGCUGAAAUCCCGCUUCAAGAACCCGAGCCUGAACCCAACAUUUCCGCGGCAUUGAGUACCGGCGCAGGCUCACAAAUUCGCAUACCACCUGAAUUAAUGCCAUCCCAUGAGGAUGCAAUGCAGGCCUUUAAGACAUUCUUCAGAGACGUCCAUCCCUACGCGCCUGUUCUUGUCAGGAGUAAUUUCUACAACCAAUGGCAGAACGAUCCAUCUUCCAUCAGCCCUCUGGUCUUGGAAGCAAUCCUUGCGAAUGCCGGUCGACUUUCAGAUGAUCCAGCGCAGGGAGCUCAGUGGCUGGCCCUGGCAAACAAGCACGAAGCGUCUUUCCUCGAUAGCCCGAGACUAAGUACAUUGCAAGCCUUGAUCUUGCUGUUAAAAGCAAGGGAGAGUGCACCAAAGAGAGGUUAUUACUACCGCUCAUGGAUGACGUGCAAAACCGCUGUCUCAAUGGCAAAGGAUUUGGAACUGGAUGAACACUUUGGAACUCAUGCAGCGGGUGAGUCAUGUGGGUCAGAUCCGGUGGACUGUUUGACCAAAACACGCGUCUGGCAGACAUUACUCGUCUGCGAGACCAUGGUUGGAGGCCCUCAAGGUCGCACUGACCUUGGAGUUGAUCCCAACUCUGUGGAAAUCAGUACAAAUCCGCCCUGUUCAGAUAUUGACGAAUUCGAGAAGUCAAUCUCAAGACAAUUCGCCUAUUUUGUUCGCAAUGUCCGCAACAUUCGAAUGAUAACAGUUAUUUCUCAGAAACUCAAGAAGAAGAAAGAUUGGGGAUUGGACCAAGAAUUCGUGGCAUGUAAUACGACUUUCAGGAAAUGGCCGGACGACCUGCCAAAGGAUCUCCAAAUCAUCCUACCACCCGAUGGGACCGUUCCAAAAGUCUCUUCACAUUUUCUGGGGAAUAUGCAUUCACACUAUCACCUCGCCAUUGUGAUGCUACGUCGACCUCAAUUGUCAGCCUCCCAAAAUUACUCUGCAGAUGGCAUGUGGAAGCAACAUAUGAGUGUGUGCUAUCACUCCGCCAAGGUCCUUUGCAAAUUGCAAGAAGGAAUUCUUGCAAAUUUUGAUCUUACUGGCCUGUUGUGCAUGCAGCGAGGGAUCAAUUUUACCAUUUACGCCAUUCUCACCUGCAUCAUGAUCCAUCUCAUUGCUAUUUCCUCUCCAGAUACAGAGUUCAAUACGGAUGCACGCGAUUUCUUCGUCCGCCAUAUGCGAAUCCUGGAGCGAUGUAUAGCGGCCUGGCCGAUGACCGAAACUGAAGCACAAAUAAACGCACUACGUGCAGCAUUUUCCGCGGAUGUCACAAAACCCUUCGAAUUGAGAGAAUCUUUUCCUCUUGGAUCACCCUCCGACCACUCGGGACCAUCGCCUAUUCCUCACUCGGCCCCACAGCCACAACCGAACAUGCUCGAUCUUCAACCACAGACGACCAAUGCCUACAUCCCUCAACACCUGCAACUAAACACAAUGCGUGGGCAGACGCCGUAUCUAGCGACUCCACCGGUAUCAGCCUACUCCGCGACCGACUCGAAACCACCCACCCCUAUCUAUGCGUCACCAUACGAACUCCCUGAGCACGCUCAGUACCCCACAAUGCCAACCAGUGCAGGUGGCUACUACCCACAACCGACAUCCGUUCCUGGCCCCGAGCUUCAAUGGAAUCCAACACCGAUCAUCCAACAAUUCGAUACAGCAUUCGCCAUUCCACCCUCUCAACUUGCACCACCUCCAUCACUCUACGGUGGUAGCGGCUCCUCACCCCCGGGGGCGGCAGGAAUGGGUUCAUUGAAUACAAGCUUUGCCACGACCAACUCUCCACCAUUCACCACCUCGCCUCCAGGCUAUAAUCAACACCAGCAACAACACCACUAUUUCGCCCAACACGCCCAGUCAUUCCACCACGACACCAGCAGCCCCAUAGCAGGCCAACCCGCCCAGCUUCCCAGCUCCGUGGCCCCUGCAUACACUGCCAGUGGAGGAGGAGGAGGCGCCGUGAAUCCUGCAAUGCAGUUUGUCACUCCUCGCCAAUGGCAACAGAGCGUGCAAAGCGUUAUUGACCCAUCCGGUCUGAAACGACGUUGGGACUACGAUCAACAUUAA